GAGUGUUUCAUGUCAGAAAGGAGAUCAAUCCGCGUGUCCUUGCGCAACGGAUGCGCGCGCUAAGUGAGGCGGACGUAAACAUGCAAUAAGUGACCGUGGCAACCAGGUAGUCCACUACGCACGAGCGCUCCCUCCCUCCGGACCUCCUGAGCUGAACUUUACCCGCUGAGCUUUUUGACGCGAUGGCUGCUGCCGCUGCCGUUCUGGGGGAAGUUGGAGGCGUCCUGCACGGCAUCGAUGGUGUGGCGCAGGUCGGGUCCCAUUUCCUCCUGACCCCUGCACUCGGGGACAGACCGCUGCUCCUCGGGGAGCACCUGAUACCUGGGGACCGGCUCUCCCGGAGCACCGCGGCGGAUUUAACGCACCUCAAGGGGAUCCUCCGGAGGAGACAGCUGUACUGCAGAACCGGGUUUCAUCUGGAAAUACUUCCGGACGGCGCGGUGCAGGGGACGAGGAAGGACCACAGCCGUUAUGGUAUUUUGGAAUUCAUAAGCCUGGCCGUUGGGUUGAUAAGCAUUAGAGGUGUGGACAGUGGUCUCUAUCUGGGGAUGAACGACAAAGGAGAGCUGUACGGCUCAGUGAAGCUCUCAGCCGAGUGUGUCUUCAAGGAGCAGUUCGAGGAGAACUGGUACAACACGUACUCCUCCAACCUCUACAAGCACGGAGACAGAGGGACACGUUAUUUCGUGGCGUUGAAUAAAGACGGGACACGGAGGGACGGGACUAAAUCCAGGCGGCACCAGAAAUUCACACACUUCUUGCCCAGGCCUGUGGACCCCGACCGUGUGCCAGAGCUGUACAGGGAUCUCCUGGGACACAGCUGAGACCUGGAGGAACCGGUCCACUUCAGGAAUAGCUGCUUAAGCCCUUUUGCAGGCAGGGGAGCAGAGGAAGAGACGAGGGGACGCGAGGCGGGGGACGUUGGCCCGUGCAGGCGGCCCGAUCUGCAGGGAUAAAGGCACCAGGGGGCCUCUUGUAGGAAUGCAUGGGCCAUCUCUCAGCAGCCAGGAAGACGGGCUAGAAUGUCUGCACGCUCGGCAUGAGGGGGCUGUUUGUUCCAGACGACCCGAAAGAAGUGCCUGCGUGGAAUAGGAGAGGAAUGGGAAACGGAGCCGAGCGACCGGGGAGCAUCUCCGUCGACGGCGGAGUCCACGGGAAUCUUUACUGUCCUGAAAUGGUACUUUUUAAUUUGGGUACCGUGUCAGAAAGAUGUUUGUUCAGAAGGUCUUUGAAGGAAUUCAGUUUUUUUUAGGGGGGUGGGGUUGUCUUACCUGUGUCCAGACCUGUUGGAGAAAAAAGAUGUCACGAUUUAUUUAUUCAUUUUAGAUACAUAUAUUUAUGUUUUAUAUUUAUUUAUUUGAGAAUAUAUUUUUCCAGUUAGAUACAUGCAAUAUAGAAAAAGACCACUAGAAACUGUAUCGAUUAUAUAAAGACUGAGACACUGUACCGUUAUGUCUUUUACUCUGAAAGAAAAAAGAGCUCAGUUAUAGUGAUAAACUGUUAUAUUCAACAUGAUGGCAACAUUUGGUAAAACAUCUGAAAAGAAUGCAUUUUAUUGAAAUAUGGUAACUGUGAAUCAACUUUUUAAGAAAAAUCUUUGUUAUAAUGGCACCAAACUACUGUCACUUGUGUUCCAGGAGGAAUCUGAAGUCAACAAACUGACAACACAAACAAUAAAUUGCUCAAAAUGUGAU